CUCAACGAGACCGAGUUCCUCUGACAGUAACCGGGAGAUGGAAAAUAAGGAGGAUCAGUUGAACCCUGCUGAGGAAUCCACUAAUCUCAGUUCAGAGGAUGCACCCUCUAGCGAUGUCCAAAGUUUGGUUGUUCAGAACAAAUCACGUAUUCCUGAAACUCCAUCUCCGUCAGAUGAAAGUAUAAUUCCACAAGGAAAGGAAUCGGAAACCUCUUUGAAACCAUUUCCAAAUUCAAAUGCAGAAACUGGACGUGUGGAUAAAAGUAAUUCAAUUCCUGAAGCUCUAUCAUUUAUACUAGUUGAUUCACCUAAGGGAGAACCGAAAGUUCCGGAGCAAAAACGUGUAUUGACACCAGUUGAGCCUGCUCGCAAGACACCAGAGCGUUUGAAAAUUAUAAUCCCGAAAAAUAGUCGUCCAACACUCUUUAGACCCUUCCGUUCAAAAUAUCGAGAAGUUUCUGGAACAUCUGUUCAAAUUGCAACUGGAUCUGGUCAACAGGGAAGCAAAUUGCCAUCAGUUAGACCUACUGGCUUGUUACAAGAGUCAACCCCUAUGAAAACAUCCGCAACAACCCCACAAAAACAAAUUCGUGGGGCACAGAAAACCCCGUUGCAAAAACCUCUUCCACCCCAUCCGGGUCCACGAGGAACUGUAUGCAAUGGCGCAUGCCCGAAGUGUUGUCCAUCAAAGAUCACACAUGACAACAACAAUUUGGGAAGUGUCAUUAACUCGGGGGAUUCUCACGAAUCUCAUUCUCAUUCGGGCUCGGGUGACCACAAAGUACAUCGCGACCGGCAAAUUUCUCCUCGUAGCGUCUGCGUGGAAUAUCGUGAUCACCAGGUUAGUUCAAAAUCAUCCAGAUACAAGCCCUAUUCAAUCCCUCCGCACCGCCGUGGGGACUGUUGCGGAUAUCGAAAGUGCACGCUAUGUCAUGAUAUCGCAAGAUGCUGCGAAUAUCUAAGGUACACGCCUUGUUGUGGAAUUCCACUAAAAAGAGUGGAGACCUACGUCCCGGAUUCUUGCGCAUUGGCGUCUUGUCCUAGACGCAAUGGUGCCUCGGAAGGCAGUGGAAAACCACAAGACAGUGGAAAACCACAAGACAGUGGAAAACCACAAGACAGUGGAAAACCACAAGACAGUGGAAAACCACAAGACAGUGGAAAACCACAAGACAGUGGAAAACCACAAGACAGUGGUAAACCACAAGACAGUGGAAAACCACAAGACAGUGGAAAACCACAAGACAGUGGAAAACCACAAGACAGUGGAAAACCACAAGACAGUGGAAAACCACAAGGAAGUGGGGAAGGCAACGCUUCGGAUUCUUCGGCCCCACAGGCAGGUGGACUCGAAAUGGAGCCCAAAAAACCUCCUGUAAUUCCACAAACGUGCCAGCCCGGGGUUUCCGAAGAAUUUGUUUAUGACGGCGAACCUUCAGAAUGUCUGCUGAUUCACGAGAACGGGAGGCCACCAAGCUAUCUGGACAUGAAUUCAAACGUAUUUUUGAUAAAAAAAAUUGAUCAAUCCGGAAAAUGGUAUUCUAUGCGGGGAGUCCUCUUAGAUCCCAUCGAUGAUGAACCACCCUCAGAUACUUCCAGUGAAGAGGGGUCAGAUUCUCAGGAAACUUCAACUGAGUCAAGUGAACAGGAGUACUGAAGUGUAUGGGCGCCGUGCUGCUAUCGAUGAGGCUUCUACUCCCAAAUCCUCCAGUGGAUCGAGUGAUUAAAUUAAUGAGGAGUUUCAACGUUUUCAAUGUGCCCUUCAACUUGGUUUCGUUUAGAGCAGCCUAAAAGUUGUUUGUUGUUCUGCGUCAAAAAAGAUGAAUUGAGCACCUAAUUUGUUUGUUUGUUCUUCGUCAAAAAUAAAGAUGA